CUUUCAUCUUUUUGUACAUAUCAGAGUGCGUGCUCUUGUCGAUGUCGGCCAUCGAGCUCACGGUAGGCUCUGUUGAGAUUGGGACCCUUAUCUCGUCUGUUCUCUUCGGUAUCACAAGUGUACAAGUUUAUCUCUACUACAAGAAUGCCUUCAGAGAUAACCUUUUCAUACGAAUCAUGGUCCCUGCCCUUUGGGUGGCCGAAGCCCUUCACACAUCCUUUACUUGGACAUACCUCUACCGCCUGACCGUGCGGCACUAUGGAGAUAUCGACAUUAUCAUAGUGCAUCACUGGACACUGGGUUUGUCGGCAAUUUUCAAUGGUUUCAUCGGCGCUACAGUUCAGGCCUGGUUCGCGUACCGGAUUUAUGUGCUCUCACAGUGUCUCUCGAUAUCCAUCGUGUCUUGGACAGGCUCUUCUUUGCAGAUGAUCUGCUUGAUCAGCAUGUAUCCCCUCACACAAAAAGUGACGUUGACGGAGUUUGCUGCGCGCUACAACUGGUUGCCCAUGACGGCACUUGGUUUGAAUGUCCUUGUGGACUUUGUCAACACAGGAUCCUUGACGUAUCUACUGUGGAAGCAAAAACCAGAAACGAUGCUCUCGUCCAAGUUGGUCAACAGGCUCAUAUUAUGGACUAUAGAAACUGGUCUCCUUACGAGCGUCUCAGCCGUCGUCAUGCUCGUCGCAGUCACAGCGCUCUCGCAUACAUACUUGUGGAUCGGCGUCUCCUUUUUCUACGCGAAACUGUACUCGAACUCUUUCUUCGCAUCUCUCAACGGGCGGAUGUCUCUCCGCAACGUCGACACAUCGAGCAGUGGCAUACUGUCCACAAUGCACAUAACAAAUGGCCCCGUCGAAGUCACUGUAGUUCGGGACAUACACAUUGACGAUGAUGAAAGGAAUAGAGAUAUGUUCAAACUUUCUCCUAUAACCGACCACAUGCCCAGUUUUCAGACGUCAAGCCGUGAAACUUGCGACCCCUGAGGCAUGAAGGUUGAUAUAAGUAUUCCAUGUCAAGUCCUCUAUCGGGUUGAUCAGGAUUGAUCAGAUCCAUUGUCGCGAUCUGUGUAUGGAAGCAGGGAGAUACAUUGCUUUCCUAGCCAGAGGUCGUGUGUAUCGGUAUCACUAAGGGCUCCUGUGCAAGGGCACAUGGACGCCAUCAUACGCUGGACUUUCGUAUUUAUCCAUGAUGACAUCUCG